CAUAUCCGGGUCCGUUCAAGAGGCGCUGAUCACGCUCCAGACAGCCGGUUCCUUUUCUUGUUUCCUCUCUAGUGUCCGAGCUGCGGAGAAGAGAGACCCCCACCAUGCCCGGACUUCUGCUCGGGGACGAGUUCCCCAACUUCGAGGCCGACACCACCAUCGGCAGGAUCAAGUUACACGACUUCCUGGGCAGCUCAUGGGGUAUCCUGUUCUCCCACCCGAAGGACUUCACUCCCGUCUGCACCACCGAGCUCGCCUGCGCCUCCAGGAUCAGCGACGAGUUCAAGAAACGAGGCGUGAAGAUGAUCGCCUUGUCCAUCGACAGCGUGGAGGACCACCACAACUGGAGCAAGGAUGUGAUGGCGUUCAACAGCGCGGCCGAAACCUCUCUCCCGUUCCCCAUCAUCGCCGACGACAAGCGGGAGCUGUCGGUCCAGCUCGGCAUGCUGGACCCCGACGAGAGAGACGAGGACGGGAUGCCGCUCACCGCUCGCUGUGUCUUUGUGAUUGGCCCGGACAAGAAGCUGAAGCUGUCCAUCCUCUACCCCGCCACCACAGGAAGGAACUUUGACGAGCUGCUCCGAGUUAUCGACUCUCUGCAGCUCACCGCACAGAAGAAGGUGGCCACGCCCGUCAACUGGAAGCCGGGUGAGGAAGUCAUGGUCAUCCCGUCGCUCUCUGAGGGCGAAGCCGCCGUUCUCUUCCCCAAUGGCGUGACCGCCAAAGAGGUGCCUUCUGGGAAGAAAUACCUGCGCUACACCCAGCUCUGAAGAGACACUAAGAAAAAUAAUUGGAAAUCCUUGAAAUAAUUCUCACACUUGGAGGCAUAUAUAUAUAUGUGUAUAUGUGUCAUUUUACACUGCCUUGAUUCCUUCAAUAA